AUGGGAAUUCUCGCCACUUCGAUCACAAACGGCUCUAUCAUUACACCAGCUGGAUUUUACGUUAUCGGAUUUACGGAUUUGAAGUUUGGUUAUUUAUAUUUAAUUUUCCUCUGCUUCAUUUAUAUUGUAACGGUUUUGUGUAACUCCUUCAUUCUUUCCAUCAUAUGGAUAGAUCAUCGGCUACACACUCCAAAGUACAUUGCGGUGGCAAAUUUAGGGUUUGUUGACAUGGUGCUUAGUACAACCAUUAUUCCAAAUGCGAUAAAGACGUUUCUUACGAAGGAUACCUUCAUGUCCUACAACGCAUGUUUGACACAGAUUUUUUUUUAUUACUGUUUUUUAGCACUAGAGUCAAUUUCCCUCAGUGUACUUGCCUAUGACAGGCUAAUUGCGAUAUGUUUCCCACUGAGGCAUACUUCCAUCAACACUCCUACAAGCAUGAUUAGCAUUCUAGCGAUUAUUUGGUCACUUUCUGUAAGCGUUUUUCUGUUCAUGGUCUUGAUCCUGACAAAAUUGUCUUUCUGUGAUUCACUCAGUGUAUACAACUUUUUCUGUGAGUACGCGGCUGUGUUUUCGCUGUCGUGCAAUGAUAACACACUGCAUUGGAUCACUGCAACUUCCCUGAGUAUAGUGCUUUUGUUUGGGCCGCUAAGUUUAAUCGUCUUAUCAUACGCCUGUAUUUUGACAGCCGUGUUUAGAAUGAAAAAUGUGGAGAACAGGUACAAAGCACUUGCAACGUGCACAGAACAUCUUGUCCUCGUGGCGAUUUUCUAUGUGCCAAUCAUAUCUCUAUAUGUCACUGAACUUUUCUUAUUCCGUGUUGAUCCAAACAUCAAAAUGGUGAACUUGUCGUUAGCCUCAUGCAUCCCUUCGUGUCUGAACCCCAUUGUGUAUUCCCUGGCAACCAAAGAAAUCAGGAACAAAAUCCUAGCUCUGCUCCAGAAAAUCAGCAGAGUGGGGAGGGCAGGCAUAUAA